AUGGCGUCCUACCUAGUGACUGGCUGUUCUCGAGGGCUUGGAUUGGCGCUGAUCACCCGUUUGGCAAAAUUGCCGAAAACUGAGGUGGGGACAAUCAUCGCCACCGCGCGACAGGACAAUUCUGGUCGAUUGAAGGAAAUUGCAACUGCCUCAUCGGGGCGAGUGCAGAUAGUCAAGUUAGAUGUCACCAAUGAAUCCAGUGUGAAAGAGGCCGUGGUGACAGUAGAGCACCAACUACAAGGGAAAGGGCUGGACUAUUUGGUCAACAACGCCGGAGUCAGUGACUGGUCCCCAACAGGACUGGAAGGAAUGGACAAUCUAAACGAGACGGUCAAUGUCAACGUUACUGCACCACAUCUUGUAUCGCGCGCUUUCCUGCGACUUCUGCGCAAAGGCGGGAAGAAAACAAUGAUCAACAUGUCGACGACUUUAGGCUCCAUUGCUAUGGCUGAUGCGUUUCGACCCCUGUCAACGCCGGCAUAUAAGAUCUCAAAGGCCGCAUUAAACAUGCUCACUGUGCAAUAUGCCCAGCAAUAUGCAGAUGAGGGCUUCACCUUUCUUGCAAUUAGUCCUGGUUGGCUUCGCACGGACCUUGGUGGCCAUCGAGCAGAUCUUUCGGUUGAAGUAGGUGCAGAGAAGGUACUCGAUAUUAUAAAAAAAGCAACACCGGAGCAGAACGGAAGACUUGUGAACAUACAUGUCCCUGGAUGGGAGACACGAGAGGGUCCAAAUCAGUAUGAUGGGAAAGAGAUCCCUUGGUAA